CGCAAAGAAAACCGCAAUGGCUACCUGGCUGCGGUAGCCAACGACGCGACGCCACAGGUUUCUGUGACCAUGGAGGAACUUUUUCGGUAAAUAUUUCACUUCUUCUCAGAUGGAAUAUGGUGUAGAGAAGAACUCGUAGACUAGACCACACUAGGAUAGAAGAUGAAGCUGGAGAAUAGGUGAUAUUGGUGGUAUUUUGGAAUCAAGAAAACGAAACAAAAUGUCCCUACAGAGAUCGGUUGUUGGCGAGCCUUUGCACCAGCAGCGGCCGCGGUCACGUUCGGCCUACAGCAGUGCGGGGAGGCCGAUGUCGAGUGCCGGAGUAUCGCGAACAAUGUCGGCCAAUGUUCGCCGUCUUCACGAGGCCCUGAACAGCACCUUACCGGACCACGACAGGGCCUACUUCGUCCAUGCCCUCAACGAGUACAAUUCCCGGAGGAAUGUCUACACACUGGUUGCGAACCUGAAGUCGAUUUUGGAUUCGCCCGAGAAGAGGCAACUCUACCUUCUUCUGGGUAAAGUGGUGCCCGCCUCCGACCAGGCCCUUUUCUGGCAGCACGCUGAACCAUUUUACAACGAGCGGAGGAGGCAGCAAGAAGUUAAUGGGAGGACUAAUAAAAAUGGUGGAGAGCUUCAGCAGAAACAUUAUUACGACACCAUGCCGUCCAGGACACGGCCACCGGAUCUGUAUAAAAACGACGAACCUCACGGAAAAACUCACAGGAAAACCUCCGGGAGUAGUUGGGAGGCGGAUGCGAAUAAGGACAUCAGGAGGGUCGUCUUGAAGAAGUCUGACUCGCCGGAUGGGGAGUUGGGAUUUAGCAUCCGAGGGGGUUCCGAACACUCUGUUGGGAUUUUUGUCUCAUUGGUGGAGCCCAACACAAUGGCCGAGCGAAAGGGACUUCAGCCGGGAGAUCAACUCAUCCAAGUGAACGAGAUCCCCUUGGAUAGAAUUACGCACGGAGAUGCUGUGAAGGUGCUCAAGAAUGCCAAGAAGCUCGUCCUGUAUGUCAAGUCCGUCGGCAGGUUGCCCGGCUCUUUUGUCUCCCACCAGACCUACACCUGGGUAGACCCUCAGGGGCGCAGUGUGUCCCCCCCUGAUGUCGACCUGAUGGGGGCUAGGAUGUCGGAGUCGCUGGGCAGGAAGAGCGGGCUGAAUCUCUUGAAGGAUGGUGAUGAGAAGAAGGUGAACCUUGUUGUUGAUGAUGGCCAGAGCCUGGGCCUGAUGAUAAGGGGUGGUCAUGAGUUCAGUCUGGGCAUUUACAUCACUGGUGUGGAUGCAUACUCUGUGGCUGAAUACGCUGGUCUCAAGGUUGGCGAUCAGAUCCUCGACGUCAACGGGGAGAACUUCUUAGACAUCCACCACCAAGAGGCGGUCAACAUCCUCAAGUCUUCCAAGCUGAUGAUGAUGACCAUCAAGGAUGUCGGCAAGCUCCCGUACGCCCGCACCACCAUCGACCGCACGCAGUGGAUUACGGGGGACGGGGUGUCAGACCUGUCCGGUCAGGUGUCCAGACCCACGAGUGUGGUCAACGGUGGGGAAAGCGGUCCGGUGCACAACGGCACCAAUGGAAAUGCGUUCAAUGGUGGUCAACUUAGUAGGAAUGUAUCCGCGUCCAACUUCAGCAGGGGUAUUGCCGGCACGCAAGUCAUGUACAACUCCACGUUGGGCACAGGCACCCAGGCCUGGGGCAUGAUUGAGGACCAGGCCAGACACCUGCUGAACGAGAACGAGCGGGGGACGAUGAUGUAUUACCUCGGGGAGUACCAGAACGGGACCAUCAACGUGGACGCCCUGGUGAUGGCUCUAUUUGAGCUACUGAAUACACAUGCAAAGUUUUCAUUGUUUUCUGAGAUCCGUAGCUUUGUGUUUCCCCGGGAUAUCGACCAGUUUGAUUCAUUGGUGCUCAAGAGAGAGGUCGAGUCUAUGAAGGCCAGACAACGAGGUCACUUUAUGAAUGAGAGGGAGAGUUUAUUUGGGGACACGUUCUCAAGCAGUAGUCAUUACUCAUCCAGCUCCAUCGACUCUCGGCCGAUCACACCACCACACGUGCCUGCCCAGUUGCCGCCCUUUGUCAAGACGACCUCUGACCCUGAUGAUUGGCCUCAUGGCUUUGACCUCAGACAGAUCAAUGAAGACGCCAGUGGGCUUCCAGACUUCUCACUACCAGACUUUGCAAUAGAAUCCACCCCACCCACUUUGAUCCGACCCUCGUCAAGUCAUCAAAAGUCGUCAAGAAUCACCCCUUCAAAAUCGAUACUGCAGUCCAGUCAGAAAACCAUCACUGUGGACGUGCAUCACCACGAGGAUCCUCCCAAAAGCCAGGCAGGUAAAAAUGGCUCGGAGGGGAUAUAUGGCGGGUCUGUGAAGAGUCCGAGCGAGGACAGCGGCGUCGAUGUGCAGCUGAAUGGGAGCAGAGCCAGUCGGAGAAAUGGCGACCGCUACAAGAAAAGUGUGACGAUAUCUCCCAUCCCGCCCGUCACCAUCCACAGUCCCGCUAGCCUGAGUGACAUGGAGAGUCCCAUGUCCUCCCUGGGUAGCCCCCGGUCAGCAAGCAGUCCGGAGCCCCCAGUCGUCAGGCAGGGUAGGCCCCGCAGAUCGCUCUCUAGGAGGCUGAGUCUGGAUAGUCUGUCAACGGAAGGCUCGUCUAUAGCUGCCUUGGGAGAGUCUCCAAGGAAGCUGAGUGGUAGCAGCAGCGAGUACAGCAUCCCAAGAAGAAUCAGUGAUCCUACACACCAUGUACCCAGAGAGCAGAAGAGAAACGUCGAGCAGAAUAAAAGGGCCAGCGAAGCCCUUCUGGCACUGAAGAAGCAACCCAGGACUAAAACCACUCUGACCAAGCCUGCCAACCCGCCCCCUCCCCCACCCUCCCAAUUCCUCCCACCCACAGCAUCCAGAUCCAGUACUCCCCCACCCCCUCCACCUAUCCCAGCCCCUCCCCCUCCUAAGGGUGAGCUGAGGGGCAGUGUACGUCCCCCGCCACCGCCCCCACCCCGCCAGGGGUCGGUGAUCACAGCGCGGCCGGCCCAGACGCAUCCGCUGCAGGAUCAACCUGGCACAUCGCACACACUAGGGGGCAGCAAACGGACGUCGCGUACUAAUGGUCAUUCUAACGUUAAUGGAAUGCCUGAACAUGUUAUGGAGGAGAAAUUCCCAUUGGUCAAUCUGAACGAUGAAUUCCCAGAAGGCAUCGAGCUCAUCAGUGUUCGGAAGACGAAGCCUAACCUAGGCAUCGCUGUAGAGGGUGGGGCAGGAACCAGACAACCUAUCCCGAAGAUCAUCAAAGUUCAGUAUGGUGGAUCUGCAUACCACAACAGCAACCUCAAAGUAGGUCAUAUAAUUCUAAAGGUCAACGGGAGGUCACUGCAGGGUCUGACGCAUCAGCAAGCCACACGCUGCAUCGCAGAGGCCUUCAAGAACAAAGCCAACGACGGCAUCAACUUUCUAGUCAUCGACUCCAACAGGUACACCAUUCAGUACUAGGUGAGGCGGGGCAAUGUCCCGACAACGCAGAUGUAUAGUAUUAUAUUAAUUAAAGGGAAAAUACAACAUUUGCAAACAUCCAAAAAUAAAACUACCAAAAGCAU